AUGUUCAGUGUCAAAAAGUUCUCGCAACAUAUGGAUCACGUUUUCCAGGAUCAUGCGCUUCAGGUUGCCGCCAGACUGAGCAAAUGUGCCGAGGCUCAGGCGACUCUGGAUAUUCAACAGCUGAUGCUGUGCUACACCCUGGACUCUAUCACAGCCAUUGCGUUCGGCGAAAGGUUUGCUUUGCAUAUGUUUGUUUGUAUCGCUCCUAUGGUUGUCUGUGACCUACUGCCAGCCAAGGGUUUCCCUAAACCCUAA